AUGGAGUUGUCUCAGAGGGACAGGCUGUCAGAGCUGGUGGAGCAGCUUACCACAUCAGGAGAACCACAGCUCAACCAGGACAGCAUGAAGGAAAUCAAGAAGAUCUGCAAAGUGUCUAAUGACUGCAUAGACCACGUGUACCACUCGGUGAUAUCUCAGCUCAACCAAGAACAUGCUGAGGUCCGACUGUCUGCCUUCCAGAUCGCCAGUGAGCUCUUCUCCAGAUCACACCACUUUAGAACGCUGCUGGUGGACAACUUCCAGGAGUUCCUGGAGUUGACGGUAGAGACUGACUCAGAGCAGCCUCUCCCCCCUCCUAAGGAAGUAGCCAGGAAACUCAGGUCCCUGGCCAUCCAGACUGUCCAAUCAUGGCAGACCUCUUAUGGGGCAGCUUAUAAGAAGUUAGCACUGGGCUACCACUUUCUCAAACAGGUUAAGAAGAAACAGGCCAGCAAAGUGUGUCAUUACACAUUACACUACAGUGUUCAGUACCAUCUUAACUUCCUCUUGUCUCUGUUGGCAGGUUUGGAUCCAUCUCCUUCCACCUCAACAGCACCAGUCACAAAAAAACCUCCUGCUCAAAGACCUGCAGCUCCACCACCUCUGUCGUCCUCCUCCUCUCGGCGGCUGAAGCGACUUACAGAGGAGGAUCAGGAUCCAACAUGUGCAGCUGCCACACUGCGCCACCUCAAACAGAACCUCCCUCUGCCCAAACAGUCCAGCAGCAGCUCCUCAGGUCCCAGUUCAUCUCAGUCCAGCUCAGACCAGAAGGCUGUCGAUGCUCCUGUGGUUCCAUUUGGGUUGGACCUGUACUACUGGGGCCAGGAGCAGCCCAACGCUGGCAAGAUCAUCAAGAUGUCCUCUCAGCAUCAGUUCUGGGUUCCCAUUGAUGUGGACGAGGAGGUGGAGAACAAGGAGCUCUUGGCAGAGAGCAGGAGUAGAUAUAUCUCCUUCCCUGGGAGCUUCACUCCUGUCAACCAUUACUGCAGUGCUUCACUGGGCAACGGAAAGCUGUGCCAGAGACAGGACCGCCUCAAGUGUCCUUUCCAUGGUCCGAUCAUUCCCCGAGACCAGGAGGGACGACCCUGCAGGCAGGAGGACCAACUGAGGGAGGAGCAGGAGAAGACGAGGAAGAGUGAGGAGCAGCCUGGUGAGGAGUGACACUCACACAUGAGCUCACAUACUUCCUGAAUUCUAAAAUAAUGUAACAACAAUCUUCCUCAGACCAUUUCCUCUAUAGCCCGAGUGAGCCCCAUUUGGGGUUCGAGUACCGAUACCGAGGUUCCGAAUGGACUUUUCAUCAAGAAAUAUGAAAAAUGGUCCAGACAUAUAUAAUGCCGAAAAAAAAAAAAAAAAAAAAAAAAGUCCGGACAAAAUCAUCAUGCCAACCAUUUUGCACAAUUAUACACAGUUAUACACAAACUAAUUCAAUAAACUAGAAGAUUUAUCACAAUAUCAGGAUUUUUCUCCAAAAAAUCCGCGAACUAUGCACCCGAAAUUCGUCUUUCAUCACAAAGCCGGCAGCGAUCAUGGCGGAUGGAUACAUGAUUUCGCCCUAGGGCUCGAUACGGCGUCGACCCAGCGUGUCCAAAUUGACCUCCGACAAAGCAUUCAAAAGUUACAGGACAAACGCCAAGAAACCAUACACUGCUCUCCAGAACAACAAUUGAAAAUCUGCAUACCUUUUUGUGAUUUUCGUGCCAAAAAAAUCAGUUAAUCCAUUGAAAGUUGCUGCAGCGCUGUAGACCGUUUCCUGCUCUGUCUGCCUGCAUUGAAAUGAACGUGCUGUGACCUUUCAUGAGAAAAUGGCCCGCAUUUUUCUCCUGGACCAAUCUAUUUUUUACGUAUGGGGGUUGAGCCCACCGUAUCAAGCUUUUUACUGACUAAUGGCUCUCAACUUUCCAAAUAACACCCUUGACGGCUUUCAAUGGACUAUUCCGCACCUAACAAGGUGUCAUAUGAUUAAAACCGCCAAUCACAGGCCUUACAAAUCUCACAUACACAUUGAGUGAGAGCAGAUUUUUUUCAUGGAGGAGACAUAUGGGAGCUAAAAAUGGCUGAACAUGGCUGAAAAUGAUUCCAAACUGCUUUAUUACGAUGUAUUGAACACUCUUAGUGAUAA